GCGCUUUUUUAACUCAAAGACGUGGGGAUAUACGGUAGCUACUUCGAACUGUCCAGAAAAUGAGUUUUCACGUCGUGACAUGAUACAUAAGUCUUUCACAAUGCACAUUUCGCUAUCCUCCGCAUAGCUUGUCAACAUAAAUGAUCUCUAUCGCUCAUGGGCAAAGACAGAAAUAAUAUGACAGGAGAAACAGAAUGUGUAUCCGCAACGUCUUAAAUAUGAAUAGCCAACAGUAUGUUAAAAGAGUCUUUCUGGGUAUAAAUCAUACUAUAGAUGAGUAGAAUACUGGGAAUACAGUAUCAAUACUAAAAAUGAAAGGAGCUUUUAAAAUUUCCCCAACUACAACAGGUCACCAAAGGAAGUGAGAAGAUAAACAGCGUGAGACGAAAGGAGGAUUCUGAAAUCAGUGGAUGGGUUAAAAAAAUGAAGAGAAGGAAGGAGGCGUCGCUGUGUAUUGUAGAGUUCAAGAUCAUGCAAAUUGCAGAUAUGAUUUGGGGUCUCACUUAAACAUUCAGAAGGGUGCUGCGCUUGUGUACCGACGCAUACUGUAUAGUGCAAAAGUUUAAAAAACAUCGCUUCAACAUGAACGCGCAUUUCCUUACUCUGGCACUGUUCCCGUUGGCUUUUCUCCUACCAGGUGUCAGGACUGAAGAAAACAACCAUGCCAAGAAUGUCUCGGCGAUGCAGGGUGGUUCUCUGCACCUGACUGUAAACGUACCAGUGCACUUAGAGAUGGAGACAUUGGAGUGGAAUUUGGUGAGAGAAAAAGAAGAAGUUAUCAUACUGAGAAAGCUUAAUGGAAGCAGCAACGUCAAGUGGUUCCGGCACAAGAAUCAAGUGGUUUUUGAUGAGACAGAUUUUUCCCUUAGGUUAACGAACCUGAGUCAUGGAAAUGCUGGGACUUACACAGCUUUAUUGAGUGAUACAAGUGGCAAAAAACACAAACUCAGCAUCUAUCACGUAUCAGUCCUUGAGGUACUGUCCAUCCCAGAGUUGGUGGUAGUGGACCGAUCCUUUGAAAACGACACCUGUCACUUUCACAUCAACUGCUCUACACAUCAAUAUACUUAUGCAACAUUUGACUGCCAGCUGGGAUCAGACCUUCCUUCCUGCAACUGGACCAUCAAGCAGAAGUCAGGCAGCCACGGCACGGAGAUGAUCCUGUCCGUCAGCCAGAACCACAGCGCAGUUGUGUGCAACAUUAGCAACCAAGCCAGCUCCCAGUCCACAUCUGCCCUCGUGAAAAACAUCUGUCAGCCUUCGGCAAAGGGCGACACAGGGAACAAGAUGAUUUUUACAUUAAUCAUCAUCCUCAUCGCUGCAAUUUGUGCGACAGUUUGUUUGCUCGCUCUUCUCUGCGCCUUUGUGAAGAUCCAUUUGAAAGCGAAAAAAACGGAUGAAAAGUACUUCAUUGCUCCAAACAUGGGGAACUCCGGCGAGCAACAGAACCACCAGUAUCAACAAGAGUCGGCCCAGGACGAGCACGAGCAGGACAUAUGCACUGUGUACGACACCGUGAAACCAGAGAGGAUGUCCACAGAGUCCAUCCCACAAGCUUCAACGGCGCACCCCGUGAAAACAGAAACACUAUACUCCAUGGUCAGGCGUCCUCCCAAGUGCAACGACAUCGUAUGAUUCUGGAGUUUGGAUGGUCUCUGCUGGAAAAUCCAUGUGAAUAUGGUGCAAUUUGACAAAGGACCAAAUUUGUACGUAUUUUGUGGAGUUCCCCAACAAGGGAUGGACCUAGAGAAAACUCUCAGCCUCAAUGACCUGUAGGAUGACUAUGAACUACCACCCUCCUUUGUAAUAGCAGCCACACUUUAUGUCAUUCACAAGCCACUCCAAGACAUGCAAUGCCAUUAUGUUGUGGGAACUGUUAGACAUGUUGUGGUCUUUGCAAAGUAUUGCAUUGAACUUAAGAUAUCUUGUUUAGGAAUUACAAGGCCCCUGGGAGGUUUUAUGCCGACAGAAACUGAAAGCGAAUCAGAGAUGAACCAUAUUCCAACAGUAAAAACAAGAUUGCUCUGUCGUUGGGGCAGCAGAGGCAGAAAAAGGAUCGUAUUUUCCCUAAAACUGCCAGGCUGAAAGCAGAACACUUUCCUUGGGACUCCCAACUCCAACAAGCGACUGGCCAAGUCUGUUUAAGGCUCAGAAGUCACGACAUUUACCUCUCUUGGGUUAGCCAGCUACCACCGUCCAAUCAGGAGCAGGGCAUGACUUGUCAAUACGAUGGCCAUCCAAUCAUGUUGCUUCACCUGAGCGCAUCACAUACUGUAUGUCCUAGAGGCCCAAACUUUCAUGUUAUCUUGCUCCAGCAACCUACUGCCCUCACGUCCUGGCUAGAGAUCAUGUUCCUCCUCUAAUGUUGCUCUCUCUUAACUGGGACUCACCAUCCCAACCCUGUCUGGUUGACUCUGCUGACCCCUAAUUGGGACUCACCAUCCCAAUCCUUUCAGGACUGUUAGAUCUUCCUAUUUCCCGCCCCUGGCAGCCUUUCAUACUUCUCUAUUUUUAUUGUCAUUUUAAUUCCUUUUUCCAGAGGCCUGUUCCUUUUUUUAGGGUGUAGAAUUCCUGGCAUUUUCACAGGCUUUAUCUGACGGUUUCCCCAUCAUUUUUUUAAAUGAAUGUAAUUGCAUUCAUUCUUCACCUUUGACCUGUUUGUGCUGAAUGUAAGUCACAUUGGAAAAAUGUGUUAAUAAAGAUAAUAUUUUUUAUACUGUA